CAAAAGGCUAGGGUUUUUGUUUACGAGGAAGAAGACGAAGAUGGCGACGAAAUCGUUAACCGUCGAAGCAGUUCUAAAAGAGAAGAAAACCCAAGACCUCGAUUCCGUCAAGGAACUUAAUCUCGGCCACAGAGCUCUCACCGACGUGUCUUGUUUGAGCAAGUUCAAAAACUUGGAGAAGCUUGACCUCCGUUUCAAUAAUCUCACUGAUCUUCAGGGACUUAAGGAUUGUCUGAAUUUGAAGUGGCUGUCGGUUGUGGACAAUAAGUUGCAGAGCUUGAGUGGGAUUGAAGGAUUAACUAAGCUUACAGUGCUGAAUGCUGGAAAGAAUAAGCUCAAGUCUAUGAAUGAGAUCUCUUCUCUUGUCAAUUUGUGUGCCUUGAUUUUGAACGACAAUGAAAUCUCCUCUAUUUGCAAGCUAGAUCUACUCAAAGACCUGAACAGUCUCGUGCUUUCUAGGAACCCUAUCAGUGAAAUCGGCGACUCACUUUCAAAGUUGAAAAAACUCACAAAAGUUUCUUUGUCUCACUGCAGAAUAAAAGCUAUUGGGUCUUCUCUCAAGUCAUGCUCUGACUUGAAAGAGCUACGACUCGCCCACAAUGAGAUUAAGGCUCUCCCAGCAGAACUUGCACUCAACAAGAGACUACUGAAUUUGGAUGUGGGAAACAAUAUGAUCACAAGUCUCUCUGGUGUAGAGGUUUUGGGUACACUAUCUUGCUUACGAAACUUGAAUAUUAGAGGAAACCCCAUCUCUGAUAACGAGAAGUCAGCUAAGAAGGUGAGAAAGUUGCUUCCUCCUUCAGUGAAUGUAUUUAACGCUAAACCAUUGGAGAAAAGCUCGAAGAAUGCAAAGCAUGUUAGAUUUGAUACCGAAGAUGAAACCUUUGAUAGUCGUCACAGCAAAUCAGCAGCAGCAGAGGAAGAAGAAUCCAAAGUGGAACGGAAAAGCAAGAAGAGCUCUAAGAGAAACAAGUCAGAGGAAGAAGAAGAAGAAGCUGAUAAUGAAGGUAUCAAGAGCAAGAAAAAGAAGUCUAAGAGCAACCCAAAUAUAGAUCAAAUUCAAGUAGAAAAGAAGGAAGAAGAUAAACAGAAGAAAACUCCGGGUAACAAUGAAGCUGAUGCUGCUGAGAAGAAACAGAAAAGGGAUAAUCCUAAGAAGUUAAUAGAUGCUAUCGAUGAUGCUGAAACCUCUUUCGCUGAAGUCUUUUCCCGCGUUGAAACCGUUUUAAAGGAUUCUGAAGAUGGUGUUGAGAGGAAGAAGAGAAGCAGUGUGCAAGAAACAGGUGUGGUGAGAGUGGUAGAUACUAAACGUAACAAGAAGAAGAAGACAACAGGAAACAAGCAAAGCAAGAGUGCAGUGGCUGAGCUUCCUGGGGAAGUUGAAAUCGGGUUGGGAGGAGAGUCAAAAUGGGAGUAAACCGUAAAACUUAAAACUCCGAUGGUGCAGUAGAUGGAGUGUUCACAUUUCAGAGGUAAGGGAUAAGUUGUGUUAGUGAAAACAAAUGUUUAGUGAUUUUGAUCUUCCUUUGAAAACAGUUUUGUAGCGUUGAGAAGGUUCAGUUUUGUUGUGAGAUGCACUUUGUUUGAUAUUUUCAUACAGUUUUUUAUGGAACGCUUUGUCAUGUUUCUGGUGAAGUGUUGAACAUGUGGAAAGUUCAUAUUUUUGUUUCGAG